ACAACACCCACCUACCAAGCCAAACUUCCGCUUGUGUUGGACAACGCGAUUGCAGCGAAUAAUUCGCAAGUGAAAUUCCUCUCACAGCUUUCAUUGUAUAUAUUUUCUAUCGCAAACAUGGCUACGCCAAUGAUGGGUGCAACCAGUUAUUUUGACAAAAACGUCCCAAAAGUUGUUCUUCGUAGUCUAUUUAUGAAAUACGAUAAGGACAAGAGUGGAGUGCUUAAUCAAACCGAACUUCGGGGGCUAUUUCAAGGUGAUUUAGGUAUGACAAAGGACCAGGCUGAAGCCUACAGCAUGAUGUUGGAUAAAGAUGGCAACCAGACAGUAAGUUUUGAAGAAUUGCAUCAGUGGCUUACAAGCGGCGAGAAGUUUCAGAAUGCCAACGAUAAAUGCAGAUUUUAUCGACUGAAAAAGGCUGUUGAAAUGUUUAAAAAAUUUGACGCCGAUGGCAGCGGGUCAAUUGACGAGAAUGAAUUCAGACAGUUAAUGAUUGCAAUCAAUUGUCCAAGAGAUAAGAUUGACGAGGCAAAGAAAUCGCUUGAUAAAGACGGAAAUGGCGUUAUAUCAUUCCCAGAAUUUCUGCAAUGGUUAAAUUGGUUGCCAAACGACGAGUGAACUCUAACAUUUUCUAACUAAUUUUAACAAAUUCACGCUGAUUAUUGCCCGACUCAUCAAUCGUAUUAUUAUUAUUUAAGUAAUUCCCUAAUAAUAGUUACCAAACUAAAUUCAUGUGCAGUGCAAUUGCCUAUGUACUGUGCGGUAGGAAUAACCAUAGACUGCACCUAAUUUAUGAGAAUGUUUUCAUUAAUAAACAGUAUAAAGAUU